AUGGAUGGAAGCAGCUCGGCAGGAAAUCCCAGCGCUGCCUCGUCUCGCCGGCUUCCUGUCUGCGCUGACGACCUCACGCUUCACCCGGCUGAUUGGAUCUCAGCUUCUGACGAGGACCAGCAGCACACCAGAGACCCCGUCAGUCUGAGACCAGAGACCCGGGAAGACCAGAGUCCUGAACAGGGUCCUGCAGAGACCUCACAGAGUCCUGCAGAGACCUCACAGAGUCCUGAAGAGACCCCAAAGAGUCCUGAAGAGACCCCAAAGAGCCCUGAGGAGACCUCAAAGAGUCCCGAGAAGACCUCAAAAUGUCCUGAAGAGACCCAAAAGAGUCCUGCAGACACCUCAAAGAGUCUUGACAAGACCCAGCAGAGUCCUACAGAGAUCCAACAGAGUCCCGAAGAGACCUCAAAGAGUCCUGAGAUCUACCAGAGUCCUGAAGAGUCCCAAAACUGUCCUGAGGAGAUCCCACAGAGUCCUGCAGAUACCCCAAAGUGUCCUGAAGGGACCCACCAAAGUUCUGCAGCCAAAAAACAGAGUCCUGUACAGACACACAAAAAUCUUGCAGAGAAACACCAGAGUCCUGGAACAAAACACCAGAGUCUUGCAAAGAGCCACCGAAAUCCUCCAGAGACCUACCAGAGUCCUACAGAAACCCGACAGAGUUCUGCAGUGAAAAAACAGAGCCCUGCAAAGAAAAACCAGCAUCCCACUGAGAAACGGCAGAGUCCUGCAGAGAAACAUCUGAGUUCUCCAACUAAACCAGAUCAGCUGAAACCAGAUCUUCUACCUGUAGAGCGACAAAAACUAACAGAAAAACAGAUAACAAAACACAGUCCUCCUCCAAAAAGUCAACCAGAACCAGAUCAGCCUCCUUCAACUAGACCAGGUCCACAAAAACCAAAUCCUCCUCACACAGAUCAGAAGACACAGCAAGACUUUUUUUGUCCAAAAUGUGAACAAAAACCAAAUGACUCUCAGAACCACCAAACCCAGGAGAGACCUGAGGAGGACCCUCCUCCUCCCCUGAAGGAGUUACCUGUUUCAACGCCAACCUGCGACAAACAAAACCAGAAGGAGCUUGAGCGCCACGACUCUCAAUCCAAAAACCAGCAGAACCACCAUGAUCCUCCUCCUCCUCACCUGAACUCCCAGCAGGCUCCUCAGUCUGCUCCUCAGGUUCAGCCUUUGAUUAUUCAUCUGCCUGAAGCCAGGACCCAGACUUUGUCCAUCCAGACUCCGUCGGUCCAGACUCCGCCUCCCACCAUGGAGGCAUUCAGGGACCAGGUGUGGCCCCGCCCUCUGGUUUCUUCCUCAGGUGAACCCAAACUGUGUGGCUUCCUGCUGAAGCAGGGGGGGCCCCUGAGGGCCUGGAAGCAGCGCUGGUUCACCUACGAGGAGAAGAGGAACCAGCUGUUCUACUACCGCACGCCACAGGACGUGACGCCGCUGGGCCGGGUGGAGCUCUGCAGCGCCACCUUCACCUACCCGCUGAAGGCCGAGAAGGGCACCUUCCACAUCAAGACCCCUGAGCGCACCUUUGUACUCAAGGUAGGGGCCACAAAGUCCUGUUAGUCUGUACUCACUGUGAGGAGACG